AGUUUGGGAUUUUAAUGAAAAAUAGUUAAAUUUCCUAUUAUUAUAAGGGGGACACAUAAAAUAUCUCAUAAAUGAUUCGGAAACGUUUCCGUUUCACCUCCAUCACGUCCCCGCUUUUUGCUUGCCGUCCCUCUGUUCCAUGAAACGUUUAAGGGAUGUUUCCGUGUUGUCCCCGUGAAGUACCAGUCCCCAUCACGUUUCUGGUACGUGAGACGCCACCGAAACGACGUCCCCGUGCAUCAUAACUGUUAAUAUGACCUUUGACCAAGAACAACUUCAGCCGUCAGUACAAUCAAGACAAGACAAUUACUGAAGUGUUAAAAAAUAUUUUAAGUAAACUAAAUUAAUGGUUAAAGAGGCUUAUAUAAGAUUAACUUGCACUUCUACGAUUUGAUCAUAGAGGAAAGAAAGGGGUUUAUCAAUUUGGCUACUGCAUCCUUUUCUUUCACUUUCGGAGAAAUUCAAUUGGCAAUGGCGGGUCGUAAAGAGAAAAUCCAACCAUUCCACGGAUGUGGAAUUGCGAUCGCCAUCCUGGUUGGAAUCGUUAUCGGGUGCGUCUGCACUGUCUUGUUACCAAAUGAUUUCUUCAAGUCCGGAUCAUUGAAGGUUGCAUCGGCUUCAUGUGAAUCGUCUGAACGGGUCAAAAUGCUCAAAUCAGACUUUGCAAUUAUCUCCGAAGAGAACGCAGAGUUAAGGAAGCAGGUCAGGGAGCUAACGGAAAAGGUACGGUUGGCGGAACAAGGAACGGAUAAUGCUAGGAAACAAGUCUUAGUUUUGGGAUCAGAGAUUAAGGCAGGAUCUUUUGGCACUGUCAAGAGUCUGAGAACUAAUCCAACUGUGGUUCCCGACGAGUCUGUUAACCCCAGAUUAGCUAAGCUUUUAGAGAAAGUAGCUGUCAAUAAAGAGAUCAUUGUGGUUCUUGCAAAUUCAAAUGUGAAACCAAUGCUGGAGUUGCAGAUUGCUAGCAUCAAGAGGGUUGGUAUUCUAAACUACCUAAUUAUCGCCUUGGAUGAUUCCGUAGAGAGUUUCUGUGAAUCGAAGGAGGUUUCAUAUUACAAGAGAGAUCCAGAUAAAGCAGUUGACAUGGUUGGGAAAAGCGGAGGUAAUCACGCUGUUUCCGGACUGAAAUUCCGUGUGUUAAGAGAGUUCUUGCAGCUUGGCUACAGUGUUCUUCUAUCGGAUGUGGACAUUGUAUUUCUGCAGAACCCUUUUGGUCAUCUGUACAGAGACUCUGAUGUGGAGUCAAUGAGCGAUGGCCACGACAACAUGACAGCGUAUGGCUUCAACGAUGUGUUUGAUGAACCAUCCAUGGGAUGGGCUCGGUAUGCACACACAAUGAGGAUAUGGGUUUUCAAUUCAGGGUUUUUCUAUCUAAGACCAACUCUUCCUUCAAUCGAGCUACUGGACCGAGUGGCUUAUACACUCUCUAAGUCAGAGGCAUGGGACCAAGCGGUUUUCAACGAGCAACUCUUUUACCCUUCGCAUCCCGGGUACACUGGCUUACACGCUUCCAAAAGAGUCAUGGAUAUGUACGAGUUCAUGAAUAGUAAGGUUCUCUUCAAAACCGUGAGAAAGAAUCAUGAACUGAAGAAAUUGAAGCCGGUGAUUGUUCAUCUGAAUUACCAUCCAGAUAAACUCGAACGAAUGCAAGCAGUAGUGGAGUUCUAUGUUAAUGGCAAACAAGACGCGCUUGAUAGCUUCCCAGAUGGUUCAGAUUGAUAAAAGAGAUGGAUGCUUGUUAAGCAAGAUAUUGACAAAAACCAAUCUUCUUCCUCAAUGGCAGAUUCUGAUUAUAUAUAUAUACUUCCUUCAGUAAAACAAAAAGGUAGGCUAAAUUUUUUUGUCCAGUUUCAUCUUCCCACAUAUAUCAGUUCUCCUUUUGCGCUUCUAGUCUUUUCUUUUUCUUCUUCUGUAGUAUGAAUUUUGUGUAUCCUAUAUAGCUCAAAUCUAAAGAGGCUUCUUCUGUUCUA